AUGUUCCAGGAUGCCCCGGUCCCGGUCAUGUCUCUGUGUGACCUGUGCCUGUCCCGUGUGUGCUGGAGCCUGGACCAGCUGUGUGACAGCAGGGCCGACGGCUCCCUGCGGCUCCGCCGGGCCCCCAGCCUGCCCACAGAGACCGCCGACCAGCUGCUGCACAAGAUGACGGUCGAGGGCCUCCUCAAUGACAGAACCGUGGCCAUAUUCCGCGACAGCAAAGCCUUCCGUCUCCGCAGAGCGUUCAUCAGGGGCGGCCCCGUCUCCCCAGGGGCCUUUCGCCUGGCCCUCUGCCCCCACCGCCUCCAGGACCUCGACGCCUCCCGCCUCGCCGAGGGCCACGCCAGCGGGGCCGAGGUUCUCGCCGCCCUCCUCACCAACCCAGAGCUCACGUCCAGCCUGCAGAGGCUGUCUCUGGCCGGGCUGCAGCUGGGCUGGGACCCCCUGGGUCCGGACGGAGGCCCCUCGGUCCGGGCUGUGGGGGGCUUCAGCUCCCUGCGGGCCCUGCGGACACUUAACCUGGCGGACACGGGCCUGACGGACGCCGCGCUGGAGGAGGUCUGCUCGCUGCCCCUGCUGGAGAGCCUGGACCUCUCCCGCGGCGCCGUCACCAGCCUGGCGCCGCUGCUUGGGUGCCGGGCCACCCUGAGGUCCCUGAGCACCCACGGGCUGCAUGGGCUGCGCAGGCGGCCGGUUGUCAUGCCGACCGCCCCCGGUGUCCCCUCUGUGCUGAUCCGGCUCAGCCAGCUGAGGCAUCUGGAUCUCUCUGACGACCGUUUUGCCGCCAACGCCGUCCCAUGCGACUCAAGCGAGGUGGAUGAGGUGGUGCAGCGGCUCCUGGAGGGGGCCCCUGAUAAGGAAGGGGCCCCUGAUGAGGAGGGGCUCAUCCUCCCGGCGCUGGUCUCCCUGGACGUGUCCGGAAGGAAGGCUGUCACUGAGCGGGCGGUCCGGGCGUUUGUGAAGGCCCGGCCCAGCCUGGUGUUCCUCGGCCUCCUGGCCACCGGGGGCAGCGCCUGCGAGGUUCUGACCUCACGGGAGAACCUGAAGGUGACCGGGGAUGCUAAUGAGACUCAGGUGUGUGAGGCGUUGAGGAGGUACAAAGAGAGGGAGUGCUUUCUUCACGAGGCUCUCGUCCUUCUCUACAACCUCACCGUCGACCUCAGCACGCCGCGUCAGGACCUCCUCCAGCUGGUGCUGGCGGGGAUGAGGAGCCACCCCUCCUCGCUGCAGGUGCAGCUGGUGGCGUCUGCGUGCGUCUUCAGCCUCACCACCCAGGACCUGGCCGAGGCCAUGCCCCCGCGCCUGCUCGCGGCUGCAGUCGACCAGCUGCUGCUGUCCAUGCAGAGCUUCCCCAGUCACGCACAGGUUCAAAAGAACUGUAUCCUGGCUCUCUGCAGUGACUACAUCCUCCUGGAGAUCUCCUUUAACAGGUAUUUGGCCACCAAGCUGGUAAUGACCUGGCUCAGUAGCCAUGACGACCCCACCCUGCAGAAGAUGGCCGUCGCAAUAAUUUCCGUCCUGGUUGCCGAGCUAUCCACAGAGGAAACUACACAGCUGGGCACAGAUGUUUCCAUUAUCAGGCAACUGCUGGGCGUCGUGCAGCAGCGGGCCUCCCUGGGCGUGGUGGACAACACUCUGAGGUUCGCCCUGAGUGCUCUGUGGAACCUGACGGACGGCAGCCCCGCGGCGGGCCGACACUUCGUCCAGUGCCAGGGCCUGGAGCUGUACGUGGAGGUGCUGGAGUCCUACUGCUCCGAGCCCUCGGUCCAGCAGAAGGUCCUGGGCCUGCUGAACAACCUGGCUGAGGUGGAGGAGCUGCAGGGGGACCUGAUGGAGGAGGACCUGCUGGACUACGUCCUCAGUGUGCUGGGGGACCCCCGGGUGGGGGUGGAGGUCAGGUACUUUGCUGGUGGCUUCCUCGCCCAGCUCUCCUCCAGACCCAAGGCCUGGACCCUCCGUCAGGAGCUGCUGGAGACCAUUCACCAACAGCUGCAUCUCGCGGUCAUGACCUGGAGCCCAGCCGAGAGAGAGAUGGUCUCCUACAGGUGCUUCACUCCCUUCCUGCCUCUCCUCCAGACCUCCCAGCCAGCCGGGGUGCAGCUGUGGGCUGCCUGGGCCGUGCAUCUGGUCUGCAGUCACAACGCCCCUCACUACAGCCCCAUGCUCCAGCAGGAGGGGGUGGUGCUGCUCCUGGAGGCCCUGGCUCUCCACCCAGGGACCCACGCUGACGUCCAGGCCCUGGCCCGGCUCACCCUGCACCUCGUAGGGGCCCGGCAGCAGGCCAAGAGGGCCCCUACCGGCCCUCCACACAAAGAGUGACGGGAAACCCCUCUUCAGCGCUAUGCUCCCUCGGCCCUUCUGGAGACUGAAGAGUCGCUAAUGACGGCUCGAGAGGUAUUUAACUCAUUACCCAACACACGUGUUCCUGUCGUUACAACAACAUGUUGAUAACUGAAAUCAAUAUGGGAAAUGUGUUGGACAUGAAGCAGCAACAUGUAGCUGUACUCAGUAUUGGACAUGCUGAAGACCUGGUGGUGGCAGUUCAGCCUCUGCUUCAAAUGGGGUGGUGAUCUGCACCAGUAAAUGCAGAAGUUACAAAUGUCAUCCAAACUGCGGUAUGACAUCAUCUCUGGCAUGGAGCAGCGGCAGCACUUACAGAGCCAGCCAUCCUGUUGCUUCAGAGGAAAUUCAAACCCCAAUUAUUAUUUUUUUAUGUGUUUUGGGGCGAAGUUUUAGGAAGGAGGGGGGCUUGUUAUGGUCAAGAUCUACGCCCACCUUUUGAUAUUUUUUUAGUACCAUCGUUGUGUAACUUUUAUGAGCGUUAUGUUAAGCUGUUGUGUUUGAAAUCAGCCACGCACCAGAGGUAUACUAUAGGGGCUAGCAUGGGCUUAAGCUCCCCUGAAAUGGGAUUUGUAGUAUUUGACACUUAGUUUGCACUAUUUAGAACAAAGUGUUGUUCAAAUAAAUAUGUCCAUGUUUGUGACUGACCCAAA